GAUGAGAUAUGCAGUAGUCAAACCUCACUUGUACAAGCGGAGGAAAAUAACUCCACCGAUGAAUUGUGCGAAGGAAGCAGUAACGAAAACAUGACAUUUUCUGCAUAUGAAUCACAAGAUCACGACUUAAGCAGCUAUUUAUGUAGCAUUAUGUUAGAUGGCGUGAAAGAAAACCAAGAUCAGUCUUUUAAGUGCCCUAAAAGCUUAACUGAAAUGAUGAAUAAUGUUGAUUUUAUGGAUUCUAUAAAAGUAUCUGUCAAUAUAAAAAAAGGAGAGUUAUUUUUAAUGAUUUUAAAAUUUUGUAUUACAAAUAGUUUAUCGGUUACAGCCAUGACAAAUUUAUUUAAAUUGAUAAAUAUAAUUUUUGACUCGCCAAUCCUGUCAGAUUGUCGAUAUUCUCUUGAUAAAUUGUUGAACCCAAAAGAACACGCAGAGUUUCAUGCAGUUUGUCAUAAUUGUACAGCUUAUGUAGGAAAAUUUGGCGAAAUAUCCUCUGUAAAGAACUGUAAAAUAUGUGAAGCUGAAUUGGAUUUAGAUAACCCUAGUAGUACCAGUUUUUUCGUUCUUCUUGAUCCAUCGACACAAAUACAAAAUUUAUUAAACUUGUAUGAAGAUCAUUAUGAGUACGUUGUAAACGAAAGAAUUUCAAAACCUGAUCGUAUAGAAGAUGUAUACGGUGGUCAAGAAUAUCGUAAAUUUGUUAAGACCUUACCGCCAGAAGAAAAACAUAGUUAUGUUAGUGCUGUAUUUAAUACGGAUGGGGCUCCAAAAUUUGAGUGCUCACAAUAUUCUAUUUGGCCUUUGUAUCUGAUGUUAAAUGAAUUGCCUAAACAACAACGAAUGCAGAAGUUAAUCACCUGUGGAUUGUGGUUUAAUAAAAAAAAAACCAAACAUGAGUAUUUUUUUAAAUUCAUUUGUUGAUAUUAUUAAUAAAUCCACUAAAGAUAUUGUGUGUACUGUACAUAAUCAACAAAAAAUUGUAAAACUUUACGUUGUAACCUGCUGUGUAGAUUCUGUGGCUAGAGCGCCAGUUCAGGGUAUUAAACAGUUCAAUGGUAGUUGUGGGUGUAGCUGGUGCCUGCAUCCAGGACAAUGGGCUGAAGGGAGUAUGAGGUACUGUUUACUAACAUCUCCUCCUGAGUCUCGAGUUCAUACAAAAACUGAGGAAGACAUGAUGAUUGCAACGCCUACUAAUCCUAUUAACGGUAUUAAAUAUCCAUCACCUCUUAUAAACUUUUCAAAGUUUAAUAUUAUAUCUGGCUUCUCAGUCGAUUAUCUUCAUUGUUGUUUAGAGGGCGUUGCAAGCCAGCUUACGAAUUAUUAUUUACUGUCAAUGAGUAAAGAUGAUCUUGAAGAACUCGAUGAAAAGAUAAAAAAAAUUACAGCUCCACACCAAAUUUCUCGUUUAACCAGAUCAAUAAGUUCCAGAAAUGAUUGGAAGGCUCGCGAGUGGGAGAACUAUGUUUUGUAUUAUAGUGUACCUCUAUUAGAAGAACAUAUAAGCAGAAAGCACCUUUUUCAUUGGCUUCUUUUUGUAGAAAGCUUAUAUAUUCUUUUGCAAAGUAGUAUUAACAUCGAACAAUUAAAUAAGGCCAAUGAAAUGUUGUACGAAUUUGUAGCAAAAUGUGAGGAAUAUUUCGGAAUUAAAGCAAUGACCUAUAAUGUCCACCAAUUACUACAUAUAUCUGAAUGUGUAUUAAAUUGGGGGCCAUUGUGGUGUCAGUCUACAUUUUGUUUUGAAUCUGCGAAUCGAUAUUUAUUAGGAGCAAUAAAAUGUUCAAAAGGUGUCACAUUACAAAUCAUAAGAUAUGUUAAUAUAAACCAUAUGAUUUCUAUUGUACAAGAAUACAUUUAUCCAGACACGAAUGAAUUAGUUAAAAUGUACUGUGACAAUAUUCUUUGUGCCAAAGUACAGAAUGUCUGCAAAUUAAAGAAAAUUACAUAUUUUGGGCUAGGUGACUGCGUCAAUGAUGAUAUUUUGGAAAAAGUACAGCUGUCAGAAAAUAGUGCUAAAGUAUAUUACAAAAUGGUAAAAGAUGGCUGUUUAUAUGAAUCGUCUCUAAAAAUUAAAAAAAGAUCUAAUAAUUCAUUUGCACAACUGAGAAACAAUAAAUUUGUACAAAUUUUAAGUUUUAUUAUUGACGAGGAAACCAAAGUAGAGUUGACUGUAUGUAAUGUCAUAAAAACAAGGCAUCGUUUCGCGAAUAAAUAUAGUAAUCUGCAAAUAAUAGACAACAUUUGUAACGAUUCUAUUAUUGUGCCAACGGAAGAAAUUAUGACUAUUUGUAUUUUUAUGAAAAUUCUUCAAAUUAUGUAUAUUUGCCCAAUACCUAAUUUACUUCAUUAUUGAAUGCCUAUAGAUAAAUCAAUGUAAGCGAUAAAAACAAUUUUGUAUUUUUUUAUUAAAGAAUUUACAUUUUUUAAAUAAAUUUAUUAAUUAACAGUCAA